GGCCCGCCCAGGCUGGGCACGGUGCACUCAGCCCAGCAGCCCUCACCUGCCCUGUCCGUGUCCACAGCUGUUACCACCUGCGGCUGACGGGUGAGGAGACGGUGGCUGUGCGGGGAGGUCACCCAGAAAGUAAGCACAGGGCCAAGGCUUGGCCCAGGGGCCUACUGCAGGACCUGCUGCCUCCUGCCGGGGGCCCUGGCCAUGAAGGGAGCCACGCCUCCCUGACCACUUGCCGCAGCUCGGCCCUGAUUCCCCUGCCAGGGGCGGCCAAGGGGCCAUCCAGAUGGUGGGUCCCUGCUGACCGAGAAGGGGCCAGAUUGGAAACCCCCUGCCAGGGCUUCCAAGUGCAGCCCAGACCUCUGUCCUGGAAGUGCCCGUACACUUCUGCUGGUGGGGGGCGGGGCGGCAAGGAGAGAAGUAGCCGGGCCUGGCCGCAGGCCUGGACAGUGACCGUUGGGGGACAGGGUUUUGGAACAGCCCAAGGGCCCCCCCACAGGCCCUGGAAUGCCCAUUUUCCCCAGACUGUGACACCCAUCCCCUCCUGUACAGAGUCCGGGGCUGCAGUAACCGAGUACCACAAACGGGAGGCGUGA